GCCAAACCGCUCGCCUCUCAAUCCCAGAAGCAGAGCCCACCGGAACCAACUGCACCCUUCUCACCUGUUAACAUUCCUCAUUCUUUAUUAAAUCCACGCGAAUACCGCACAAGAGAGCCCUCAAAGAGCCCUCGAAACGUUCGCAUACGAUCCCAAAUCUAAUCCUUCCAAAGCAGCAGCCGCGGUUUCUUCCGAGAAAAAUAAAAAAAAGUUCCGUUUCGAAUCAGCAAAAGAAAGGAAGGAUGAUAUUGGUGGCGAUAGUGGCGGAGCUCCUGGAGGAGUACACGGUGCUGGUGGCGAGGGUUCUGGAGCAGCUGCUCCACGACGCGCCCUUCCCCCGCCGGAUGCGCUUCCUCAUGCUCAGAAGCCUCCCCUUCGCCUCCCCGCCACCCGACGCCCGCCCCGCCGCCGCAGCCACCCCCUGAUCGGUACGGACGUUGAGGUUAGCGUUCUUUGCGGCCUGGAUCUGUGUCCAUGAGCUUGGUUUUUGUCUCUAUCUUUUAUUUCUAAUUUUAAUCUUUAAUCAAUGUCGCUCGCAGGUGAAAUUUCUUUUCUUUUUUCUUUUUUCCUGUUCUUGUAAAAAUAUAUUAUAUGAAUCGAUUUUUAGCUGUUUGGUCGUAUUCUUUCCGGGUUCAUAGCUUUGUUUCUGUUUCUUUUUAGUAGAAAAAUAUGUGAAAAUAAGAGUGAGCAGGAUCGGAGAAAUUUUGGCGUGGCGAUUUCCAAAUUCCGAAUUCGAAUCUCAAAUGAGAAGUAGGGAACAAGUGGAGAUGGGGGAUUGUGAUGGUUCCUUGUGGAAAGGAAGGUUGUCAUGGGGGUUGGUGGAAAGGGAAAUCAAAGCCAGCUUCAGCGGGGUUGAUUGGGAAAAGAGAGAGAGAGAGAGAGAGAGAGAGAGGAGACGGUGCUAUGUGUACGAGUACUGGGAUCAAUGUCUCCCUUCUUUUCUGGCCACUAGAUCUGCUUUGAGAUGGAAACUGAAUUUUUCUCGGCUUAGUCUAAGAGCUUAGGAGGUCAAAGGCAUUCUCGAAUUGUUAAGGCCAACCUCAAGAGUCUUGGACCAAACUUGAGCUGCAGCAGCAGCAGCACCUAAUGCUUUGCCUGCCAUUAUGUUAUUCGCCAGAAUUUUAUUUGCUCCCACUAUUCACGCCAUCUCAUGUUCCACAGAGUCACUUUCGAUUCUAAAGUCGAAUGCUCCAUGCCCACAUAACAUUUUUUUUAAAAAUUUGUUAUUUUCUAGAAACUUUUUGGGUAUUUU